AUGAAUCAAACAUUUAAUUUAAAUCUAACAGAAACGAAUACUACUUCAUCAUUAAUUAUUUUACUUCGAUUUGAAAUUUUUGCUGCAUGUUUAACAUAUGGUCUUGGAUUUAUUGGUAAUCUAUUUGCUUUGAUUGUUUUUUCUUCAUUAUUAGAAUUUCGUAGAAUAUCAACUGGUAUUUUAUUUCUUCUUAUGACAAUAUCAAAUUUUUUUCAUUUAUGGACAUUAGCAAUAGAUUUCCUUGGUAUUUGUGGUUAUUCUAUAUAUUCAAAUAUAUAUCUUCAAUGUCAUCUCAGUCCAUUUGUUGAAAAUAUUAGUCGAGCAAUGAGUACAUAUUUUUCAGUUGGUAUUGCUGUUGAUCGUUUUAUUCGUUCAGAAAUGCCAUUACGUUCAAAAAUGAUAUGUACACGAAAGAAUAUUUUUAUAGUGACAAUUAUUAUUUUCAUUAUAUUUUGUUUAUUUUGGUCAUUUUAUUUAUAUCCAUUUAGUAGUCAAAUUUUAAUUACAGGUGAAUGUAUUUAUAAUCAAUCAAUAAGUUUUGAAUUUUUUCUUGUUAAUAUACAUAUACCAUUACGAGCAAUAUUCUUUUGUCUUAUACCAAUUAUUAUAAUGACGGCAUCAAAUAUUCGUAUGAUGAGUAAUAUUCGUCAAGCACGAAUGCGUGUUAGUGAUAUUCCACACAACAAUGAUGGAUAUAAAAGUAGUACGAUUAUUUCAUCAACAGCUAUUAGUGGACCAGUAGGUCGUCGAACAUUAGCAAUUGAUCGAAUGCUUUUACUUAUGAUGGCAGCAAGUGUUUUAACAUUUAUUAUAACACAAAUUCCAUUUCAUAUUUAUAUGGUAGUACAAGUUAAUAUUCAUACAUUCAAUAGUUAUACUGAUUCAUUAAUCUAUAGUAUGCUUUUAAUAUGGUCAAGUAUUUACUUUGGUAUUGCAUUUUAUUUAUAUUGUUUAGCAUCACCAUUAUUUCGUAGAAAAUUUAUACGAAUAGGCAGAAAAUUAAUAAAUUGUCAAUUAAUUCAUCAUGUAACAACAUAA